GCUGCCCCUCGGGGUUGGUGCGGGGGCGUGACGCCAGUGUGGUGGCGGUGUGUGUGUGGAUCCAUUGGCGGGCCGCGGCAGGUCACGUACAGUUGUCAGGCGCGGGAGGAGCGAGGCUCAGACAAUAUAACCCAACCACUCACCACCGCUGCCUGCUGCUGUGUGCCCUGCUGGUGUCCUGCACCGCCCUGACACCCGUGUGUGUGUGUGGUGAGGGUCGCUGUGCGGGGGUGGCUUUUUGUGCACCUCGGCGGCGAGCCGCGUGGGCGUGUGUCACCACGGCCAGGAGCCCAAGGGAGUGUUCACGCCCUUACUGCCGGGGGCUACGCCCCCCUUGAUCCCUGUAGGGCUGUUAAAGACGAGAAUAUAAAGACCAUAGUGCACACACCUUGUGAUACUUACACAGACACACACACUCACACACCGACAUCAUGAGCGUAUGGUGGAGUGCCGGGCGGCAGGGGUGGUCAGCCGUGGGUCAGCUGGUGUCGAGGUCAGGUCACAGGAGCAGGUCACAGCUGGCAACCCUGACCACUACCACUGCCACCACCUCACCUGCCCAUCUCCGGCCCUCGUUACCUGUCACCUCAGUUUUGCACAGAUGCCGAGCCUACACUACAGCAGCCUCGGCCAACCUCCCUCCCGCCAAGACAGGUCACGCCGCCUCCCAGGACGAGAAGAGGGAGUUUAUGUCCAUCUUCCCUGACCUGGUGCGCGAUCUGACCGAGGUUGGCACGCACUCCGACAUACCCGACGCCCAGAAGUGGUUCGCUAAGGUCUUGCAGUACAACGCGGUAGGGGGCAAGAUGAACAGAGGGCUGGCCGUGUCCCUGUCCUUCAAGCUGCUGGCGUCACAGGACCAAAUCACGCCGGAGAACAUGAAGAAAGCGCACAUCCUUGGCUGGUGCAUUGAGCUGCUCCAGAGUUUCUUCCUGGUGGCCGACGACAUCAUUGACGGGAGCCAGAUGCGUUGGAAGCCCUGCUGGUACCUCAAUGACAACCUCGGCCCCAGCGCCUUCAACGAUGCCAUUCUGAUGGAGGCCGGCAUCUACAAGCUCCUCCACAAGCACUUCAGGGAUGUUCCUUACUAUGGGGACAUGCUGGACCUGUUUCAUGAGAUGACCCUCAAGACCGCUCUGGGGCAGGCACUUGACCUCCUCUCGUGCCCAGCGGGUCAGCGUCCGAUUCUGAAGAAGUUUACAAUGGAACGCUACAAUGCGAUCAUCAAGUACAAGACCAGCUUCUACUCCUUCUACCUGCCCAUCGCUCUCUCUAUGUACAUGGCGGGGAUAAGAAACACUGAUAACGUGCGAGUGGCCGGCAUCACGGACAAGGAGCUUCACCGCCAGGCGCGCACAAUCCUCGUUGAGAUGGGACAGUUCUUCCAGGUCCAAGACGACUUCCUGGACUGCUUCGGCGACUCGUCCAUCACUGGCAAGAUCGGGACAGACAUCGGGAAGGGGAAGUGUACGUGGCUGUCAGUGGUGGCGCUGCAGCGGGCGUCCCCCUCCCAGCGCCUGGUCAUGGAGGAGCACUACGGCCGCCCUGAGGAGGAGAGCAUCAAGAAGGUCAAGGCGGUAUAUAAGGAACUGAAUCUUCCCGCCACUUACCGCGCCUACGAAAACUCCACCUCGUCCAUGAUCCGCAUUCACAUCCAGCAGAUCUCCCGCGGCCUCAACCACAACGUCUUUUUCAACUUCCUCGACAAGAUCCACAAGCGCUCGGGCUAGACGCUCUCCCUCCCUCACUAAGCCCAUGACCCAGACCAAGAUGAUAUUUUACGAGCCUGUGAAUCAUUGUGGGUUUCUCUUUCGCACACCACAACAUCAGUCUAACCCAACGCAGGCUAGGCUAAGCUACGACUCGAUUUCUGCCUCUCACGUUAGUCUUAUACCUUUUUCGGAGGGUCGCCGCUGCACUAAAUGGUGAUUCAUACGUCCGUUCUGCACAAAGGAAUCAAAAGGUAUGUGUUUUGUCUCCUUUCCCAUCCUCGGUUCAUUGCCUCCUAUCCUGAUGUCUCGUACGGCAGAGGAAUCACGUCAUGUAUAGAGAGGACGUGAGUGUUUACAGUAGCUCAUGUCAUCACUUGUCUGUUCGGUCCCAUACUUACGUUACGUCGAAGAAUUCCCAUGCUGUGCUCUCUGGUGUAGGGACGUUAGCUCAGCGCAGUGGUACGUGUUCUUAAAUGUAUCGCGCUCCCACUAUGACUGUUUCCCGAGGCCACGGAGAAGAUUAACUGGGUUUUCAUGGGUUACUUUGGCUAUUCAUGAUGCAGAAGUCAUGUCAAACUGUCACUGUCCGAGAAGAUUAACCGGGCUUUCAUGAGUGACUUUUCCCCUUCAAGACACAGAAGAAGUGUCAAACUAUCACUAGCAUCACCAAACAGUCCAUGAAAACCCCAGGAACUUCCACGAGAGGCUUUUCAAACAGGCAAACUGAGGUACCAAUACGUUUAAGAAUACUGACUGACGUCCGAUAGGCUCAGACUGUGACCCUGGUGCUCCCUUGGCAGUCAGUAUAUACCGAGACACAUGAGAGAACAGUCCCAUAGAGGUAGCAAAGGUAGGCAACACUCUGUACAUACAGUUAGAGACAUACCAAGACCCACCAACCAGUCUUAUGCAUAGUGAGAGAUUUAUACUGUCUAUAUUAUUGGCAGUGCCCGAGACGCAUGAGAGUACAGUCCCAUAGAGGUAGCAAAGACAGGCAGUGAUCUGUACAUACACUUAGGGACAUACCAAGACCCACUUACCAGUCUUAUACACAUAGAGAGACUUAAACUAUCUCUAUUAUUGGCAGUCAGUAUAUACCGAGACGCAUGAGAGUACAGCCCCAUAGAAGUAGCAAAGACAGGCAGUGAUUUGUACAUACACUUAGGGACAUACCAAGACCCACCUACCAGUCAUAUACACAUAGAGAGACUUAAACUGUCUAUAUUAUUUGCAGUGUCCAAGAUGCAUGAGAGUACAGCCGCAUAGAGGUAGCAAAGACAGGCAACACUCUGUACAUACACUUAGGGACAUAACGACCCACCAACCAGUCUUAUACAUAGUCUGGAUCUGGAUCUGGAUCUAUAAUGCGCAGGGCACCCAUACAGGUGCAUAACACGCAUGUGUGUGUGUGUGUGUGUGUGUGUGCGUCAUAGGGUUACCGACGACCUCUCUAAGUCAGUGAUAGGUGUAACCCUUGUCGCAAUGCUCCUCAUGAAAUUACUCUUGUCAUUUUGUCCAUUUAGAAGAGAGAGAAAGAGGCAGAGAGAGUAGAAAGAGGUAGAUUGUUAUGUGGUGCUAGAGAGAUGUAGAGAAGGAAGAGGAGGAGAGAUAAAGGGAAGGGUGUGUGGCGGUAAUGGGAAGUGAAGGGAAGGGAAGGGAAAGAGAGUAAGGGAGGAGUGUGUGUACAUGAUAAUGGGAGGGCUGGGAAAGGGACAGAAUGGAAGAGGAAGAGGAAGGGAGAGAGAGAGAGAGGGACUGAAGUGUAUAUGAAAAUGAUAGGAAGGGAUGAGGAAGGGAAGGGUAUAGAUUCUUCCUCCCUUUCCCAGUAUAGAAGAUGGAGAGAAAGAAGAGAGGGAGAGAGAGAAUAUUGUGUGAGGAAAGAGAGGAAGAGAAAGACAUUGGAGGGAAAAGAGAAGGAGAGAAGGGAGGUAUGGAGGAAAAGGGGUGGAGAUAGGGCAUUCUUCCUCCUCCUCCUCCUCCUCCUCUUCCUCCUCUUCCUCUCCAGCCUAGCAAUAAGGAAACUAAGAGGAGGGAGGAGGAGAGGGAAGGACUGGAGGUUAGGGUCUCUUCCUCCUCCUCCUCCUCCUCUUCCUCUUCCUCUCUCAGCCUGGCAGCUCGCAAUAACACGUUUCAAGCAUGUUAAGAAUAUAUAUUAAAGUGUCUCGCUGUGGGCCUUGACUAUUAUUAUUAUUAUUAUUAUUAUUAUUAUUAUUAUUAUUAUUAUUAUUAUUAUUAUUAAGCUGUAAAGUAUAUGAGUAAGUAAACUUCAUGUUGUUGA